AUGACGGUGAAGAACACGCUGUUCAUCUUCGGGUCAGGUGAGUGCGGCCAGCUGCCGCCCGAGUACUGCGCCGAUUAUGUGCAGGUGAACCCGACUGCCGUGCGGAACCUCCCCAACGACAUCGACCAAGUCGUUUGUGGAUCCAUGCACACAAUUAUAAAAACGAAGGACGACAAGCUGUUCUCCUUCGGAUGCAACGACAUGGGUGUCCUUGGCCGAAAGACUCAUGCCAAUAGUACCAAGGACCCUGAACACUCCCCAACCUUACUCAACUUCACCUGCAAGUCAAAGAUUAAAAAAAUCAGUUGCGGCGAUAACCACACAGCAGUUUUGUUAGAAGACGGCAAGGUCUACAUUACUGGUGGGUUUAGGGAUUCCUGUGGAGUCCUAGGCCUUCCGUCCUUCCAGAAGAGAGGGGAAAUAAUACCAAAAUCGGAGGAGUUCGUGCAGGUAAAUUUUUCGUACGCUCACGAUGGAAGUGCGCUAGAUGGUUACAAUGACGAGGUGGAAAACCCCAAUCAUGAAGAAGUAAUAAUAAGUAAUAUAAUAUCAGGAGAAGACCAUUUGAUCUGCUUAGAGCAGAGCGGAGAAUACAUUUAUACCAUGGGGAAUAGUGACUCGUGUCAAGUGUGCAACUCGUUCUACGAUAUAGAAUUUGCUCCCGAAGUAAGGAACAGGUAUAUUUUUCCCAAUCGCUACCAUUUUAAAGAUCUUGGGUUCGCCUCCAAGUUUAGGAAUAUAUAUUGUGGUGGUAAUAAUACCUUUGUUCAGUUAGAAGCAUCACUAGACGUGUAUGCAAUUGGAAGAAAUGCUUACGGAUCAUGUGGUGUGUCGAUGAGAGACAAUAUUAUAAAAAAAUUUUCCAAAAUUGAAGAAUUGUGUUCAAAAGAAAUUGCAGAAUUGUGUGGUGGACAAAGCUUUACCGUUUGUCUACUUAAAAAUAAUGACCUGUACAUUUGGGGCAACCGAGAGAUAUUAGGGAUGGAGUGUGAAGAGGAUGCUUACUCUCCUCAAGAAUUGACCUAUUUUAAAAAAAAAAAAAUUCUUAUUAAAACUAUUUCUUGUGGAACAGAUCAUUGCUUAGUGUUGACCGACAGUGGACAGCUCUUUGGUUGGGGCACAGGAGGAAAUGAUUUUGAAGAAGACACAUGCAUCGCUGUGAUUGAGAAUAAUCAGCCCUCUGAAAUUGCCUUCCACAAUUUCGUGACCACAACUUUUACUAAAGGGAGGAAAGAAAGCGAAGUGUCCAUUAGCCAGAUACAAAUUCUUUCCUUUGCAGGAGGAUCAUCCCAUUGUGCUUUUAUUACAUCUCAUGUGGACUCAGACAGAAUGUCUAUUAAGAGAGGCCAUGAUGAAAUUUAUGAAGAGGAAAAUAUGUUUUCGAAAAAACACAGAAGGGAAAACUUCCCUCAGAUGGACAAACCUGAACAGUUAGAAGAUAAGGGAAAUGAAGAAGAAAAUAAAAAGGGAAGCUUCUUCAAAGACCUUUUUUACAAUCCACACACACCAGUCAAUAGUAAGUACUAUAUGCACUCAAAGGAUUUGGAAAAUAUGGACAGCGAUCUUGUGGGCACCGUGGAGAAAACCACUGUCAGCAAAGAUGCACACAAAAGGAGAAGAAGCGUUAAGAGUAAACCCUACUUAAGCAGUGAAAGUCCGACUAGGAGACAACCGAGGAGGUCCUGCAAAGAAAAUAUUAACCUUAGUGAAAAGGCUCAUAGACAAUUCUACCAAAUUGUGGACACCCCUAUUUCGAAGAAGAAACGGAAGACAACACCCUCUUCUUCUUCUAUGAGGAACAGGAGCGUUAGGAUCAUGGGGUCUCCUCCAUCGGAGAGGACGAACAAAGCUAGGUCGGUUGGUGCAAAGAGAGAAAGCGUAGGAAGGUCCUACUCUAAAGGGGACAAUUGCAAACGUGAAUCCUCUUCGCACACACCCGAUGCGAAGGGUGUCCGAGGCAAGUCGUCCAAAAUGAAGAAUUAG